AUGGAUAAGUUACGUGGGGCGCUGGAUUUCUGCGUCCGCCACCAGACCGUUCUGGGUUACAGCAUCGUGUCCCUGCUGACGGCUGCCAGCGAGCAGAUCUUCUCGUCUGUGGUGUUCAAGUGUCCCUGCAAUGCUGGGAACAUGCUGUACGGCUCCGUCUUCCUCAUCGUGCCUGCCUUCAUCCUCUUUUUGUUGGGCUACAUGGUGAACGCCAAGGUGUGGCGCCUGCUGACAGGCAGCUGCCCUCCGGAGAAGCGCUGCAGCUGCAGCUCCUGGAGGACCCGCGCCCGGUACUGCCUCAUGCUGCUGCCGGUGACAGCCAAAACCUCGGUGGCCCCCCUCACCUGGCUGGCGGUGGCCCUGCUCAGAGCCAACUUCUACGAGUGCGCAGCCAGCGGGAGCAGCCUGAUAAAGAACCUCGUGUGUAAAGAUACAGGAGAAGAGUGCAACAAGCUGCUGGCCAGAAUACCCUGUGACGAGAAGUUGUCGCAGAUGGUAUCGAGUGAAUUCCUCAGCCUUCAGGCACAGUCCCAGCUGUUAGGAUGGCUCCUGAUAACCGGCAUCAUGACUGUGGCACUGAUUUCAACGUGUGUCAGCCGCUGUUACUCCCCGGUGAGCUAUCUUCAGCUCAAGUUCUGGAAAAUUUACUUAAAGAAGGAACAGGAGCUCUUUGAGAUCAAGGCUGAAGAGCAUGCAACCAGGCUGGCAGAAAUAAAUAUGGAAUGCUUUUUUGAAGCCACUGACCCAGUAGAGUUUAAGACUCCCAGCAACGAAGACUGGCGGAAGAUUUCAUACUUGUACACCUUCAAUUCACAACAGCAGUAUUACAGCAUGUUACACAAGUACGCUAACACAAACAGAGGCAACAGCGUCAGAUUCGGGGAAGAGGAUCAGAACCCCCCUGGUUUAGGAUUUGUGGAUGAAGCAAGCACAAAUGAAUCAGGGUUUUAA